UCCAGAUAGAAUGAGAUACAAGCUCCGGAGUUCGAUCCCACCUCGGCUCUCGGAGCCUAGAGGAUCCAACUCAGAGUAUCCGACAUCAAGCGAUCCAGCCACAGGAAAAAGCGGAGGAGGGACUGUACAAUCCAAGAAGAGAACGCACCGAAGAAAAACUCACAUCACUAAAACCGAGACUCUGGCAACAUUAGUCAAGAAAGAAUUGACUCCGAACAUAUUCGUCCUGCCGCAGGAGAUUAUCAUUCUUUUCGUUGAGAUCUUAGAUGUAGAUAGUUGCUUAUCCCUUUACAGGACAUGUAAAAGGUUUCAUGAUAUGUUGCAAGGUUCAGAAAGUUUCUGGAGACUUCUUUCCCUAAAAUCAGAAUUCAGCAGUCAUUCAUGUUUGGAACAACUACCUACUCAGAGACUAGGAUACGCCGGUCAGAAGAUGUACCUAGAUAGGGAGGAGGAGGAGGGGUUAGGAGUGUGGUCAACCUGUUGGAAGAGAGGAGUUAAAAUGAGAAGGAAUAUUGUGGCCUCAAAUUUUCAGGGCUGGAGACUGUACAGUAACAAGAACUGUCCUGUAGCUGAACUAAGUCCAACCCUAGAUCUCAACUCUAUCAAACAACAGUUGGGGGAUUUCCCUCGUCUCUCACACAACGACGAUCUCAAGAUAGAUUGGGACGACAAGUAUCUUGUUCUCUUUCAUUUCUUCCGUGGAGAAACAGAAUCCUGCACUAUCAGACUCUGGGAUAUAGAGGACGAACCUAAAUUUUUAUACGAGGUGGAGAAAGGAAUUGAAUGUAUAACAGACAAGGUGUCGGUUCACGCGGGUUAUGUGGUGAUAGUUCCAUCUUGGCCGCUAGAGGCGGGGGCGCUAGUGAUGACAUUGGAUAUAAAUAACAAGAUGGAG